ACACAGCCCUGGCCCGUAUAAGAUAACUUCGGCUAUCGCUGUAAUUACACGGCGAGAUCCCAACCCUCUGGCCUAGGUCGGUACAUUUCCAAUCUCUCCGACUUACCAUCUACAUCCAGUUCGGUGAAAAUCAAGAGCCCAUGCCGACUCGAUCUGUGGUUAUAUGAAGUUGAGCUAGAGAAGUAGAGAUGUACAACGGGAUUGGGUUACAGACCCCAGGAGGGUCUGGAACUAAUGGUUACAUCCAGGGAAAUAAGUUUUUUGUCAGGCCAAAGACGAACAAGGUGGAUGUGAACAACAAGGGGUUUGAUGUGGACCAAGGUACUGCGGGUGUGACCAGGAAACCAAACAAGGACGUACUUGAUCAUGACUGCAAGCGCCAAAUCCAGCUCAAGCUUGUCAAGCUUGAAGAUAACCUUAUUGACCAGGGCUACACUGAUGCAGAGAUUGCCGAGAAGAUUGAGGAGGCUCGAAAGACUCUUCAAGCGGCUGCUGCUUUUGAGGCAAGUGGUGGACCCACUGCUAUUGUCGUUGCUGAUAAGAAGAUAUCAGAUACUCAGACUCAUCAAAUUGCUGCUAGAAAGGAGAAACAGAUGGAGAAACUGAGAGCUGCCCUUGGGAUCAGUUUGUCUGAACCUCAUGAACCAAGUGGAGAGACGAGGAGUGACGCUGAGCUGGAAAGCGGAGAUAAAAAGAAAUACAAAUGGUGGUGGUAAGCAUCAUGAGAAACGUGAACAUAGCUUUUUGGACAGAGAGUACAGCUCAAAAAACAUAUUGGUGAAGAUCCCGAAAUCUGGAAAGGAUGAUAAGAAAAAGGGUGGAGAUAGGUCUAAUGAGCCGAGGCACAACAAGAACUAAGUAGGAGAAGAAGGCACAAGGAUAGUUCUUCUGGCGAAGAUAACAGUGGUGAGGAUGGCAGUGGAGAUCUGAAAAGUAUUAAGAAAAGAGGAGAUAAGUCUGAUGAGCCCAGGCACCACAACAAGAAAGUAAGUAGUAGAAGAAGGCACAAGGAUAGUUCUUCUGGUGAAGAUAGCAGUGGUGAGGAUGGCAGUGGAGAUCUGAAAAGUAUUAAGAAAAGAGGAGACAAGUCUGAUGAGCACAGGCACCACAAGAAGGAAGUAAGUAGGAGAAGGUGGCACAAGGAUGGCAGUGGAGAUCUUAAAAGUUUGAAGAAAAGAGGAGAUAGGUCUGAUGAGCCUAGGCACCACAAGAUGGAAGGAAGUGGGAGAAGAAGGCACGGGGAUAAUUCUUCUGGCAAAGAUAGCAGUGGUGAGGAUGGCGAUGGAGAUGUGAAAAGUUUGAAGAGGAGAGGAGAUAGGUCUGAUGAGCCUAGGCACCACAAGAAGGAAGUAAGUAGGAGAAGAAGGCACGAGGAUGGUUCUUCCGGUGAAGAUAGCAGUGAUGAGGAUGGCUGUGGAGAUCUGAAGAGUAUUGAGAAAAGAGGAGACAGGUCUGAUGAGCCUAGGCACCACAGGAAGGAAGGAAGGAAGUUGGAGAAGAAGGCACGAGGAUGAUUCUUCUGGUGAAGAUAGCAGUGGUGAGGAUGGCAGUGGAGAUGUGAAAAAUUUGAAGAGAAGAGGAGAUAGGCCUGAUAAGUUUAGGCACCGCAAGAAUGAAGGAAGUGGGAGAAGAAGGCAGGAGGAUGAUUCUUCUAGCGGGGACAGUAGCGGGGAGGAUAGCGGUGGAGACCUAAAAAGUAUGAAGGGAAGAGAAGAUAGGUAUGAUGAGUCAAGGCACCGCAAGAAGGAAGGAAGUAGGAGAAGAAGGCGCGAGGAUGAUUUUUCUGCUGAAGCUAGUAGGGGGGCGGAUAAGCGGAAGAAGAGGACUAGAACUUCGAGGCAAAGCUAAUCAACUCUGUACCAUUGCUUGUUCAAGAUCCUUGUGUUGCAUCCCAUACUUGUGAAGUUUGUAUGUGGUGUGCAGUGUGCUUUGAAUUGGAACCUUGUGAAUCAAUGAUUUGUGAUGCAAUUUUAACAUACAAGAAUUUUUAAGAGUGAAAA